AUCACCACCAUCAUCUCCUUUACAAUCCUCCAUCCACAUUUGAGUUCCCAGACAAAACAUGUCUCUUCUCUUUCGAUAUUUAAUACGCAUUGUUUCCCCAUCUUUUACUGUCAUGAAAAGGUCACCCCACAUUAUCAAGUGUCACAAGAAACCCAUUCUCUCCAUACAUUACUCAUCUGCGAGCUUCUCACCUCACCUUAGCUUUUUAUAAAGCUUCCUCCAAUCCAAAUGCUUUCCUUCAACUCACCAACUGCCUAUAAAAAUCAUAAACAACCACAACAUAAAUUCCAAUGCAAGAACCCAGAAGUCUACAGGAAAAAGGUCCUGGUUUCUUUUAGCACAUGAAGAGUUCUUCUAAGGUGCUAAGCGACAUCGUGCGGAAAUGGACUAAGAGAAAGAAAGGUCAUUUUGUUGUCUACACCAAAGAAGGCAAGAGGUUCGUUGUGCCUAUAUGCUAUUUGAAUCACCCCAUCUUCAGAGUUUUACUGGAAAUGGCUGAGGAGGAAUUUGGAACCACGACUCAUGGACCGUUGCAAGUUCCUUGCGAGGAAGAAUUUAUGGAAUAUAUUUUUGCUGUACUGAGGAAGAAUCCUUCUGUGGAAGUGGAAAGUGCUCUUAUCUCCAUGAAUACUUACAGGUUGCAGAAAAGGCUGAAGUCAUGUGAAGAGUGAAUGUUCAGUAUCCGAGUGUAAGAUCAUCUUACCUGCGCUCCAAUUAUGGAUCAAAAAGCAGUUUAUCUGAACUGCACAGAUGAUUAUGGUACCGUUGCAAUACCUUUGGAUUUAUUGUAAGUUUGUUGGUUUUUUAUUGAAAGUUCUGGUGUUUAACUGA